AACCACCAUUAACAACAACAGCAGCAGCAGAGGUUCAUUAAAUUGUUUACUCCGCUGCGUCUCUUUGUUUAUAUUAUCAUUAAAUAUUAUAUCUCAACAGAUAUUUAACUGAGCAAGAAUGGCUUCGCCGUUACAGCCCUACAACCAGGCUCCAAACGGAGCGUAUGUGUUCUCUAGUCGACCACGACCUGCUCCAACGCGCCUCAAAUACAAGAACCCUGCGGUGAUUCAAAAUGAAGAAUCAUAUGUAUAUGGAAACAUUAUGUACGAUCGGCGUGUUGUCAGAGGAAAUACCUAUGCACCACACACUCUGCCACUUAGGUCACAGCCUGACCCUGCUGAGCUUCAAAAACAGCAAGAGGCCAGAAGGAGAGCCCUGGCAAGAAAGAGGGCUAAAGAGCAGUUCCGCUUAUUAACCCCAGAAGCAGUUGAAGGGAGGAAACACACGGAUGUGCAGACCGAGCUGUACUUGGAGGAGCUGAGUGAUCAUCCUGAAGAUGCCAGUGUGGGAUGUCAGACUGAUGCAUUCCUAGACAAACCAGCCACUCCUCUCUUUAUCCCUGCCAAGUCUGGAAAAGAUGUAGCCACACAAAUAGAGGAAGGAGAGCUGUUUCACUUUGACACAGAGGUGCAGCCUGUGUUAGAGGUGCUGAUAGGAAAGACCAUGGAACAGGCUCUGCUGGAAGUUUUGGAAGAGGAAGAGCUGGCGUCUCUUAGGGCUCAACAGCGCGCCUUCCAGGAGCUGCGUAAUGCUGAAAUUGUUGAGGUGCAGCGACUGGAGGAACAGGAGAGGCGCCACCGAGAGGAGAAGAUUCGCAGACUUAAGCAGCAGAGAGAGGUCUUGGAGAAUGAGAGAGUGAUAGCCGAGAAAAUAGCAGCUAGAGUAUUUGCUCAGCAAUACCUGGCUGACCUGCUGCCCUCCGUCUACAACACUCUGAGAGACCAGGGCUAUUUCUACGACCCAGUGCAGAGAGAUAUAGAGACAGGAUUCCUCCCCUGGCUGAUGGCAGAAGUGGACAGUGCUUUGGAGAAACGAGAGAUUGUGCUUACAAUGCUUGACACUCUCAUCUAUGAUGUGGCCAACAGCAGACAGGAGACUUGGAAAGACCCUCUUCCCCUGUUGGUCACGCCUGAGAUAUGAUUUGAGUAACCAGCACCUCAAAGCUGUAAAUAAAACAUUGUGUGAUAUCA